CGGCCCUCCCCGCGCCCCCGCCCGCGCCCCUACUCCACCCUCUCCACGACGACCUCCCACUCCGGCUCCGUCGCCGUCCGCGCCGCCCCGCACGCCCCGCACAACCACGUCCAGCUCGUCAUGCCCGCCCCGCUCGCCCCCGAGGUCUACCCGUACAUCCUCGCAGGCGCACACGCCGCCUCCAUGUCCACCCUCGCCAGCGCGAGCAGCGACAGGCUCCCGCCCGUCGCCGUCGGCCUCACAGACAAGUGGGUCAUGGUCGCGCGCACCACCGCCCAGGCGGGCGCCCGCGCGAGCGCAGAGGCCCGCCGCGGCGCUGCGGCCGACGUGCCCGCGUCGCGACCGCCGCCCCGCCGGAGCUCGUCGAACCCGCCCCCGACCUCCCGCCUGCGCCACUCGACUAGCGGCUCUCCCCGUCAGCAGCAGCAGCAGCAGCAGCAGCAAGAGCCCGUCCCGCGCAUGCCCUCGCUCUACUCGGCGGACGCGCUCGCGAGCAGCACAAACUUCAACGCGUCCAGCGCCGCCGGUAGCGCGUCGGACUCUCCGUCGUUCCCGCCGUCGUCCUUCUCGCUCCCCGACGCUGCGCGCAGGCCGAAGAAGCGCAGGCCGUCCACGGCCGGCUCCACACCCGCGUCGCCCGCGCGCUCGUCGUGA